AUGGGUCAACCCUCCUUCGCGGCGUCCAACGCCCUCAUCUACGUGACUUAUGGAGUCUUCCUGAUCACCGGUACUGCAAUUGCGUGGAAGUUCCGCAAUCAGUCUAAGGGAGAAUUCCUGUCUGGAAACAGAACUCAGACGGCCUUCCCCUUGGCCCUCAACUUCAUCGCCUCUGCCCUCGGCUCCGGCAUCCUCUUCUCCUACCCGGAGCUGGCCACCAUCACCGGCGUCCAGGGCGUCCUGGUCUACGCCCUCGCGUCCUCGCUCCCGCUCCUCAUCUUCGCCGUCCUGGGCCCCGUCAUCCGCCGCAAGACCCCCGAGGGCUUCGUGCUCACGGCCUGGACGAGGCAGCGCUAUGGCACAGUCGCCAUGCUCUACCUCAGCUUCAUGACCCUCGUCACCUUGUUCCUCUACAUGGUCGCCGAGCUGUCCGCCAUCGGGCAGGUCGUCAACGCCCUCACGAACCUGGACGGGCUGCCCGUCAUGAUUGUGCAGUGCGUCGUCACCACCAUCUACACCUCCCUCGGCGGUUUCCGCAUCUCCUUUGUGACGGACAACAUCCAGGGCGCAAUGGUUAUCGGCCUCAUCAUCAUCGUCGCCAUCACGAUGGGCGUCAAAACCGACAUUGACACCUCUUUAAUCGAGCCCUCGGGCCUGCUCAAGCCCACCCUCCUCGGCUGGCAGCUCCUCUACAUCCUCCCCAUCUGCAUCCUCACAAACGACUUUUUUCUCUCGGGCUUCUGGCUCCGCACCUUUGCCUCCAAAACCGACAAAGACCUCCGCGUCGGCGUCUCCAUCGCCGUCGUCAUCAUCCUCUGCAUCCUCACAAUGGUCGGCGUCACCGGCCUCGUCGCCGCCUGGUCGGGCGCCCUACCGCUAGACCAAAUCGCCGAAAACGGCUCCGUAGCAUUCUUCCUCCUCCUCCAGCAGCUCCCCGCCUGGGUCGUCGGCAUCGUCCUCGUCAUGGUCUGCACCCUCUCCACCGCCGCCUUUGACAGCCUGCAGUCCUCCAUGGUCUCCUCCGCCUCCAACGACCUCUUCCGCAACCGCCUCAACAUCUGGUGGAUCCGCGGCGCCGUCGUGCUCAUCAUCUUCCCCACCGUCGUCAUCGCCCUCAAGGCCCCCUCCGUCUUGCAGAUCUACCUCAUCUCGGACCUCGUCUCCGCCUCCGUGAUUCCCGUCCUCGUCCUUGGAUUGGUGGACCGCUUCUACUGGUGGCGCGGCUUCGAGGUUGUCGCCGGCGGAUUGGGCGGCAUCCUGACCGUCUUCCUCUUCGGCCUCGUCUUCUAUGACGGCGACGCGCAAAAGGCCGCGAACCUCCUCAUCAUCUCCGAGGGCCUGUACGCCAACGACUGGAGCGUCUUUGGCGCCUUUGUCGCCGCCCCCGUCGGUAGUUUCCUCUGGGGCUUCGGCGCGCUGGGGUGCCGUCUGGCUUUCCAGUAUGUCCUGGCCAAGAAGAGCGGCCGCCGCUUCGACGCGCUUGAUCGUCCUGUUGGGCCCGGGUUCACCCCCGAGGCUGAUGGCGUCCCUCACUUCGUUGAGAGGGACGAGUACGAGGCUAACUCUGAGGUCGAGGCCAUCAAGCCCGCCGGCAAGUUCUUCUGA